UAAAAAAAAUACACCUCUGCUUCGGAUUUAAUCCUCUCCUACUUUCAAUCCCAGCCCACCUUGAAAGAUACAUCGCAGCUCCAGUGUUCUUUCUGUGUCCUUCCAAGUUGACCGAUAGCGAGGAUGCUAGUGAGGAUACGGUAGGCUGCCUCCACCCCUUCAACGGCAUCCUUCUUCCUCAUCUCCCCGGCUUGGCCAGACCAUCGCUUGUCUUCAGUUUUGGGAUUGCCUUGUUUGUGUGUGGGUGGGUGUGUGUGUGGGUGUGUGUGUGUGUGCGCGCGCGCGUCUUGGAUCGCCUUGGCGCGCGUAAAGCAGCCCAAGGAGUCGACGUGGAGGAGAGAGAGGAGCAAGGAGGGGGAGACCCAGGAGAAGCCUCCAUGUUUCAGCUGCCCAUCUUGAAUUUCAGCCCCCAGCAGGUCGCCGGGGUGUGCGAGACUCUGGAGGAGAGCGGCGACGUGGGUCGCCUCGGCCGCUUUCUGUGGUCGCUGCCCGUCGCCCCGGCAGCCUGCGAGGUCCUCAACAAGAACGAGUCGGUGCUGAGGGCCAGGGCCGUCGUCGCUUUCCACACCGGCAAUUUCCGCGAACUCUACCACAUCCUGGAGAACAACAAGUUCACCAAAGAGUCGCACAGCAAGCUGCAGGCGCUGUGGCUCGAAGCACAUUACCAGGAGGCCGAGAAGCUGCGGGGACGCCCGCUGGGGCCGGUUGACAAAUACAGGGUACGGAAGAAGUUCCCCCUGCCCAGAACCAUAUGGGAUGGAGAGCAGAAAACCCACUGCUUCAAGGAGCGGACCCGGCACUUGUUACGAGAAUGGUACUUGCAGGAUCCAUACCCGAAUCCCAGUAAAAAGCGAGAGCUUGCACAGGCUACUGGACUUACACCCACACAAGUCGGAAACUGGUUCAAAAACCGAAGACAACGAGACAGAGCCGCGGCUGCCAAGAACAGGCUGCAGCAGCAGGUCCUGUCCGGCGGCUCUGUUCGCUCCCUGGCGGACGAGGACGGCACCGUGGACCGUCUGGGGAACUCGUCCAGUCCGGAGGCGAGCCUGUCCAGCAAAGCGGCGGCCUCGGCCAUCUCCAUCACCUCCAGCGACAGUGAAUGUGACAUCUGACCACUCUGGCUCCACUCCUGAUGAAUGAAAGGAAAGGGAGGUUACGAGUGAAAGACAAUCGAAUAAAACGACUCAUAGUGCCUGCGUUGAGUUACACACACACACACACACACACACACAGACACACACGCACACAUUUGGAUAUUUGACGGUUGCCAAAAAGACGAGAAGAUCUGUGAUGCCUAUACUUUUAUUAUUUUGCAUCUAACAUACGGAUAAUAACUCCCCCUUGAGUUGAAAAAAAGAAAAUGAAGGCAUAAUAACGAGCGCCUAUAUAACCUGCUGUUUUUCGUGGGUAUUUCAUGUUGGGAAAAAAAAGAACUGUGUUAUUUUUACGUUACUUUCAAAGUUUUAUAAAUAAUGUUUAUUUGCCUAUUUAAAACUAUCUGCUCUGUCUUUUUGGAUUUCAUAUUCAUUUCUGCUUGAUGUUUUUUAAUACUUGUGCACAGGUGAACCUGUUGAGCAUGCGCGCUUUAGUGACGUUGUGUUUCAGUAAAAGGAACAAAAAAAAAGUAACUUAAUAAAAAAUAAUUGUGGAUCAAGAGACUAGUUUUUUGUUAUUGGUGUUUGGAGGAAAAUCUGGCAAAGUGACCCGAUAUUAAAAUACAGAAGGUUUUAAACCAUUUAGCAUUAUUUGGCAUUAGCAGUUUGCAUGCCUUCUAAUGGCUGUCUGUCCAACCUGACACGUUUCACAGCGAGUCCUAAUUGACCAGCAUGCUGUGCGUCGGUAAUGCAGGGUGACAGCGAUGGGUCAGCGAGAGGUCAGCGAGAGGCCGACUCACUAACCCGGAUGACGUGCUAGAGAGAUCAUGCAGAUGAAAACACAGCAGAUUGCGGACGUGCACUAUCGAGCCUUAUUAAUGCGCGCAUGGACGAACACCCGUCAUCAAUCUUGGACGGAAUGCGUAGCCAUUGCACGGUUUGCAUGGUGCAAACGUGGAAAUAAGGCAUGCAAAAAAUGAAUACAUAAAAUCCAGGCGUUGAUUUUAUUGUAUGUUGUAUUUGUUUCGGACAUGCUGAACACGUUACAAUAAGGAGCGUCACAUGGUUACGAUUGCACAAUUCAACAUGUCCGAAAGAAUAGCCCACUUCUUAUAACUUGCUUCUACUGAAAAAUCAUUCACGCCAUCUCUUUUACAUGUAGACACUUUAUUUUUCGUUCGCUUAUUUUAUUUUAUUUUUUUAAGUUUGUUCACUUCCGGUGUAUAAAAAUAAAAAGGCCACAUUUUCACAGUCUCAAUUCGGGAAUGGCUUUGGAUAUACGGACUUGUUUUUUUUAAGUAAUAAAUCAUAUUUUACUUAACACUUUUUAAAAUGGUGUCUGUCAAAAGGACAAAAAUGAAACUAUUUUUUAUCUGCAGCAUAGUUUGCGUCCCCCCUAAAUGUGGGCUUAUGCUGUGACAAUAUAGUCACAUGAACACGAUCUGCAUUUUCGUGCUAUUAUUACUCGGAAAGAGAACACGUGACCCCCAGUAAAGAGGAAGCACAAGUUCAAGUUUAUCCUUUCCAACUGAUGGGCCAGACACCUGGUUCCCUCCAAUUCGCAGUGAAUUAGCCCCCAGUAACUUCUGAAACGGACAAAAGGCUUACAGCUUGAGCGAGACAGAAGCCAAAUGUCUGUGAAGAGAGAGGGGCGGAAACAGGGUGAGCCCAAAUCAAAAAGGGGGUCAUGAGGCUUUUUUGCUCUUUAUCUUUUUUUGUGUCCGUCUGUUUCACAGAAUGUCAGAAUAUUUCUGUUUCUAUUGAGAGUACGGACGGGUAAGGGGUGAUAGGUGAAAAAAAAGUGUUUCUUUCAGUCAAUAAAGUUGUCAAACUGGUCAGCGGUAAUCAGUGCUAAUGAUGGCUCCCAGGUCCCCUCUUGGACAAAGGGGCCCUGCUGCUGUUUUGUGAGGGUGGGCUCUCCAAAGAAAAGGCUAGUGUGUGUGUGUUUGUGUGUGUGUGUGUGUGUGUGUGUGUGUGUGCGCGUGCACUGUGGCCCUGUAGUACAUUAAAAAGGUUUGAAUGACUAUUUAACUAUCUUCUGACUUAUAUUCAAGCCUGCAGAAUUUCAAUACUUCACAUUAUACAUUAUAAAUCACCUUGGGCUUCUCCAGACAUGCCAGUUGUUGGUUUCGACAGGUUAAGAGUUGUUUAAUCACACUCUUUGAGCUCCAGUUGUAUGUUGAAGGUCAGACUGCACCAUCGACUAUAUGCAUAUAUAAUGUCUGUUUGCUACUGACUACAUAGCAUUGACUAUUGACGUGAAAAGUUGCUCUGAGCUCUGUGAGCACGAAUAGUGGGUGCAGAACGUGGCACAAACACCUGAUUUCAUGCUACACUGUAAAAAAAAAAAAAAAAGAAAAGAAACACCAUAGCUACACCAAUAAAAUUGAGGCUAUAGAUUGCACGUCAUACUAUUAAGUGAAUCUGACAUUGUUAAAAGUUGAGUGAAUAUGAAUCGGUUCCAGUGAGCUCACCAUAGAGUGAGGAUGAAGGGGGGUAACCACACAGAACACUAACGGUUAUGGUGGCAGGUAAAAAGAUCACACCCAGAGAUAAGCAGAACCAUACAGGGCACCUACUAAUACUACGUGGAAUGAUAAAUACCAACGUGUAUAACAUCAAACACAUCAUAGUAACAACUAUUUACAAAUCAGUCCAGCAAAGCAUGCUGGAAAGCAGGAAGUGCGCUACAGUGACGUGCUCGUCAGUUAAAAACUGACUAAUUCUAUUCAGUUGUUGUUGUUUUUUUACUUUUGUUGUUACUUUAUGCUGGGGCCUCUUGCCAGGUCAUCACUGUCAAUGAGAGGCUGUUCUCACUUGAUCCUACCUGGUUAAAUAAAGGCGAAACGACUUGGCUUCAUUCAACAUUUAGUUAGUUACUUUCUAAAGUGUAGUGAUUGAGUCAUAUAACAAUUUAUAUAAAAAUAUUGGCUACGUUUAACUUUUCAACCUCCAGCCAAACAUUAUAUUCCGAGCAAAAGCAUCACUUAACUUGAUACAUUGUGUCUCAGGAAUGUGUAUUUAAUAACGUAGUUUUGAUCAAUUUUAUGUCAGUCCGUAGAUUUCAAACGUGACUUGUUGUCCUGUAGGGAGCGGGCCUGUUCCUCCAUGCACCUGCUCUCAACGGUUUGGGCUCCAGAGAAGCUCACAUGCUGACUCAUCUAUUUGUGCUCGACUAACUAAAACAAUUAUUAAUCCCACUUUUCAUUAUCUACAAUAUUUUCCAUUGUUGCUCUUUACAAAAUAUGUUUUCAUACAAAUCAGGGCCAAAAUGGGAAAAAAAACAUCCCUCCCACACACUCACACUUGACUGCAACUCACAUAUUAUUUCCACAAGGGCAUAUUGUAAAGAGCAUACCCUCUCCAAUGAACACAGAAAAUAAGUCCUUGGUUGAUAAACCGAAUAUCAGCCAAUUGUGUGGAUAUGCAUUCUGAGUACAUGCGGUGUACACUGAUAUUCAUACAGCAAAGGUGUGUUACAAGGUGCCAAAUAAAGACUUCAUCAAUGAUGCACUGUAAUACAGUCCUGCUAUUUUGAACUACAGUACUCCCCCUAAUAAGCAAUGACAAUUUAGUUCAUUCUGAAAGAAGAGCAAACACUUCUUUGUGCAGGUAGCGAGGAUACACUUAGCCAUGAAAUAUGAUGAUAUGAGUAAUACAUUCAAGGUGUUCUGCUGUGAAAAUUUGCUGUGCACUUGUUUUUUUGUUUUUUUUUUAAAUAAUCAUUUUAAGAUUUCCCUUUACUCCUCAUUAAAAUGUCUACGUGAAUGAACACAGCAGUCACAGCAAUGUGACAACAGCAGCCACUGCGUGCACCUCUAAAGAGCAGCAAUAUACAUGUCGUUAAACAAGAAUGAACCGAUUUCAUUGCGCAAUAUUUAAUGAAGGAAAAUCAAUACAAAACUCCAUCCAAGUCACACGUAUUCCACUCGCAAUCAAGUUUUAUUUCCUGUCUUGCGAGUGUACAAUGUGGCCUCCACCUGCAGCGCGGACAACAUCAAUGCGAUAAGAGAAUCAGCAUAUAUCACCAUCGACUGAACGUUGCCGCAGGAACGACUCGACUGCAGCGCCCCUGCGGCAGCCAUUCAAAACUUAGAAAACUCCUCUUUCAACGGUCACUGACUAAUUCCAUGACGAGGCUUAAGGACUGCACCAAUGCGUCAUGAAAUCAGUUCAUCUUUUUCAAUAACGCUGGAUUCAUUGGGUAAUAGUAAAGACUAACACCUCUGGGUAAAGGAUACAACUAACCAUUUCAUUUUUUUGUGGUGAUCUGUAUUGUUAUUUAUUAUUGUAUUAUUAUGCUCUUAUUAUUAUUUCUCAUAUAUUACAACUUGACGAGUGACGAGUCUUCUCUUGGGAUGUAACGACAUUUUUCAUGUAACAUUAUCACUUGUAUAUGUGCCCUGCGAUUGGCUGGCGACCAGUCCAGGGUGUACCCCACCUGUCGCCCGAAGUCAGCUGGGAUAGGCUCCAGCAUGCCCCCGUGACCCUAAAGAGGAAGAAGCGGUAUAGAAAAUGGAUGGAUGGAUUAUCACUUGUUUUAUGUAACAUCAAGACUUUUUUGUCAUAAAUUUUUUUCUCAUAAUUAGCAAUUUAAUUUAUUCUCUUAAUUUUCCGAUUCGUAAUUUUUGUAAUUGUCUGUAUUCGCCAAAAAUUUGGAUACUAUUUUCUUAAACAUUGGGUUUUUUUUGGGUAACUUCUUCAUUCUCAAAAACCUCUGACUUUAUUCUUGGAAAAAUUAUGACUUUGCUCUCGAAAAAUGUAAAGAAUGUUUUCUGUUAAAGUGUUAAUGGUACCGCGGCAUUGAAUAUGGAUGGAUGGACGUUAUGGUGGUAAUGGUAAUGGUUUACUUCAUUUUGAACACGCAUACAAGUUACAUUGGAAUACAUCACAUAGUACAAUUCACAGUUCCACAUGUCCAAACGGAGUAGGAAGGAGAAUAGCUUAUUUAGUCCUAACCCCUCUGUUUCACAUCAAUUACAAUACAUUUGUUCACUUCCUCUAUUCCAAAUGCCAAUCUUCAAUACAUAGGAAAAUGAUAAGACAGUAUCACAAUGUGGUACAAUCAGAGUCAAGGUUUAUAAUCACUGUAAAUGAGCUAUACCACCGUCAUAAUGAAUAUAUAAGAAUAACAGAUGAAAAGGUUAGUAGUUAACAGAAACAUAGGGAGUACAUACAAUGUACUCACAAAGAAAUGAACAGUUAGUAGUAAGUGUAGUAGUGGUGAGACAUAACAUUGUAUAUACACUUGUAUUCCUUGUACUUUGUAAACAUCAAUGCUUGUACUGUUUUUUAAAAUUGCUCAUUUUAGUGCAUUGAGUUCUUUACUCAGUCCGUUCCAUAAUUUGAUUCCACAUACUGAUAUGCUGAAGGUUUUAGGUUGGAUUUUUCCCUAAGGUCGUAUUUCUCCUCUCUUGUUGAGAAGAAUUGUAUUACGUUUUUGUGUAGCAGGAUGUGCUACCCAAAAAUUAGGCUUGAUUCAUAAUUUUAGCUUUUUGAAAGUUUACCAGAUCAGCAAAUAUUAAUAAUUGUGAUUUUAGGAAUAAAGGGUUUGUUUGUUCUCUAUAAGCGGCAUUUUGGAUUAUCCUAACUGACCUUUUUUGUAGCACAGUUAGCGAGUGAAGUGUGCUUUUAGAAUUAUUUCCCAAUAUCACCACACAAUAAGUUAGAUAUGGUAAUACCAGAAAACAACAGAGAGUUUGGACUGAUUUUUGGUCCGUAACAAAUUUUGCUUUAUGUUUUGCAGAUGUAUAUUCUCCUAGCUUCACACAUUGCUUCCUGUUUGCUAAGUAGCUUCAUACCCAGUUUAAGACUAACCUUCCGAUUCCAUACCUUUCUAAUUUUUAA